UAGAAAGGCAAGUCUGAGUGGCAGUCCCAGCACUUCGCCGCUGUCAAGUCCAAAGCUGCCACGAGCUGGGCGGUCGACACCUCACAGUCCUUCGGCAACGCCUCCUGGAUCACCAUCCAUACAGACCACGCCAUGGAAGUCCCGCCUGCACACAAUCAAGAACAGCUUCUUAGGCUCCCCUAGAUUCCACCGGCGGAAAAUGCAAG